ACAUUACAGGUAUUCAUUUAGUUUGUUUACACUGAAGAGAUGGAACGUUCGCUAUUCUCCUAUUCUAUCAGUGUGGAAUCUCAUUUCGUACUGUUAUGUUAUUGCAAGAAUUUAUCUACUUAACAUAUAAUUUCGGAAAUCUAGUUAAUUACUUAAAGAACAAGAAUGUGAUAUGUACAGAAAUUCAAUGUCCUCGGCGUGGCAACAAAAUAAUUACAAUAUAUUUACAAUUACAAUGAAUCGUACGUGAUGCAAUGUGGAAACCACUAUUAGAAGCAAAUUUAUGGAAGAAAAAAGCAACGGAAGACAUAUUACUUUAAAACGAGUGUUUUGCAAUCAUCGUGGUUUGCACGAGCUCAUAUUAGUUUAGUGACAGCCUAUCGAUUAAUUGGAUAUUUUCUAAUGAUUAAUUCGCCAAGUAUCCGACUGUUGAUGACAGAAUGUAAUAUAUCUAUUGUGAUAGCUGUAGACUGGACGAAUUUCUGUCGUAAAUUAAUGGCACAGUGGAUUUACGACAAUGACGUGCAACUAGGCGGUUCAAAUAAAAUAGUGAAGAUCAAUGAGGUAAAAAUUGGUCAUAGAAAAUAUCAUAAAGGACAUCUCAUUACAGGACAGUGGAUAUUUGGAAGAAUUGAGCGAGAGACGAAAAAAUUUUUCAUAAUAUCAGUAAAGAAUAGAAAAUCUGAAACACUGAUACCUAUUAUUCGACGUCACAUUGCACCUGGCAGCAUUAUUUAUAGUGACAGUUGGCGAAUUUACAAUGCUUUACGAUACGAAAAUUAUAUCCAUAAAACUAUUAGAGAACAUUUUGUUGAUCCGCACACAGGAACGCAUACGUAAAACAUCGAACGACUUUGAAGAGAUGUAAAAAGUGUAACACCUCGAUAUGGCACAUGCAAAGGACGUUAUGUAAACUAUUUAGCCGAAUUUAUGUUUAAAAAGAGGUAUCCACUAAAGCAACGUAUUGAUGAGUUUUUCAAUAUAAUGGCACAUUUUUUUAAACCAAAACGUGAAUAAUCACAUAAUCAGAACAUGUUUUCCAUUGCUUUUUCCUUCCACGAAUUUGCUUAUAAUAAUGGUUUCUACAUUUUAUUACGUAUAAUUCAUUCUAAUUAUAAAUUAUA